UAGGGGAGCAUUCAUACCCCGCUGUCGGCGUUUAGCGGAUGGGGCUCUCAGGCUGAGCCGGAGGGAGGAGGAGGAGAGAGAUGAACGGUAACCCGUGUGCCCGCAGGCUGGCCCGGCGCUCCAAGUCCGCCCUGCUGGUCGCCGCUCUGGCGGUCCUGCUGGUCCAGACUCUCAUCGCGUGGAACUUCAGCAGCCUGGACUCUGCCGGCGGGGACGGAGGCGCCAGGAGCCGGGAGAAGAGAGAGGACCGAGCCGGGGGUCUCAACAAAGCCGACGGGGAGCACCCGCGGAGGGGGCUGCAGAAGAAGGGCGACCCGCCGCUGUCGCUCGGAAAGGCGGCCGUUCGGCACAAGCUCCAGGCGGACGUCUACCAUUCCCACCGUCCGAAAGAGAAACUUCGUCUGGACAGCAACAACAACGAGAACUCGGUCCCUAAAGACUUUGACACCAUCGACAGCAACAGCAACCUGGGAGCUCGAUCUCAACGCCAACGAGUGCCGGUCGCAAACGCCAAGCGCAAGCUGGAUAAGGCCCAAGCGCAGAGCAUGCUGGGAAAAUCUGCCAACGACGUCCUCAAGUACCCUCCCGUCCCACCCAGGGGGGUGGGCCUCAGUCACAACCGCACAUACGUCCGAAAACCCCACCCGCCGGUUCCGACCGUCUCUGCACCGGUCCAGGGGUCCAAUCCGCCGUUCUACCAGGCGAAGAAGUCGGCCACGCGGCCGCCGCCCGGUCUGGAGGCGAGGAAGGAGCAGCCGCAGUGCGAGGUCAGCGGGAAGGAAGCCAUUUCUGCUCUGUCCAGAGCCAAGAGCCGCGAGUGUCGGCAGCAGAUAGUGGAGGUUUACUGCAAACACAAGGAGAGGGCGCUGAUGCCCGAGAGGGUUCCUCGAUACUGUCCUGUGGAAGGUAAGGCUGCUGUGAACGUACAGUGGGAUGAGGACCCUUCGGACGGCGCCCAGCUCGUGCCCGUACGGAUCGCCUUCGUCCUGGUCGUCCACGGCCGAGCCUCGCGUCAGUUCCAGCGUCUCUUCAAAGCCAUCUACCACACCUCGCACUACUACUACAUCCACGUGGACCAGAGGUCCAACUACCUCCACAGAGAGGUCCUGUCUCUGGCCAGCCAGUAUCCCAACGUCCGGGUGACUCCCUGGCGGAUGUCCACCAUCUGGGGCGGGGCCAGCCUGCUGACUAUGUACCUACGCAGCAUGGAGGACCUUCUCAAAAUGACCGACUGGUCCUGGGACUUCUUCAUCAACCUCAGCGCUGCAGACUACCCCAUCAGGACCAACGAGCAGCUGGUGGCUUUCCUGUCCAAGUACCGCAACAUGAACUUCAUCAAGUCUCACGGCCGAGACAACGCACGAUUUAUCCGGAAGCAGGGUCUGGACCGCCUCUUCUACGAGUGCGACACCCACAUGUGGCGCCUCGGGGACCGCAAGAUCCCGGAGGGCAUCGCGGUGGACGGAGGCUCCGAUUGGUUCCUGGUGAACCGGCCCUUUGUGGACUACGUGGUGAACUCCAGAGACGAGCUGGUCGGCAGCAUGAAGCGCUUCUACGCCUACACGCUGCUGCCUGCCGAGUCGUUCUUCCACACUGUGCUGGAGAACAGCGCGUUCUGUGAGACCAUGGUGGACAACAACCUGAGGCUCACCAACUGGAACCGCAAACUGGGAUGCAAAUGCCAGUACAAGCAUAUCGUGGACUGGUGUGGCUGCUCGCCCAACGACUUCAAGCCCUCAGAUCUGCCGCGCUUCCAGCAAGCGUCCAGACCCACCUUCUUCGCCAGGAAGUUUGAGGCCAGCGUCAGUCAGGAGAUCAUCAACCAGCUGGACUCCUACCUGUUCGGAGCGUACGCCGCGGGCACCCCGAGCCUGCAGGCCUACUGGGAAAACAUCUACGAGCAGGAGACGGACGGCCCCGCCGGCCUGUCAGACUCGGCGCUCAGCCACUACCACGCCUUCGCUCGGAUGGGGCUGUCCCGCGCCGCCAGCUCGCUGCAGGGCCAUCCCAGUGACAACAGCUGCAGGUACGUGGCUAUGAGCCACCCAGUGUCCGUCCACCUCUACUUCCUGUCAGACCAGUUCCAGGGCUACCUGGUGCGUCACGUGGCCACUAACCGAGCCUCCACCCAGCUGGAGAACCUGGAGACCUGGGUGACGCCCAGAGACCACUUCGCCCCGGCCAGCCCCCCACACCCCACCAACAGACUGCAGCACAUCCAGGUCGGGACGGACUGGGAUCCAAAGGAGCGUCUCUUCAGGAACUGGGGGGGUCUCGUGGGGCCGGAGGACGAGCCGGUGGCCGUGCAGCGCUGGAGCCGAGGCCAGACCAACCUGACGGCCACCGUGGUGUGGAUCGACCCCACCAACGUCAUCGCCGCCACCUACGACAUUCUGGUGGACGCCUCCGCCGAGGUCACCCACUACCGGCCGCCGCUCACCCCGCCGCUGAGGCCCGGCGUGUGGACGCUGAGGGUCCUGCACCACUGGAACCCUCUGGGUCAAACCAGCUUCAUCGUGGCCCCGCUGGACUUCCACCACCAGCAGCCGUUACAGCGAGAGGACGCCCUGCGGUUGCACGGCGGCCCGGCCAGAAACUCCUACAUGGAGCAGAGUUUCCACGGCCUGAACCCGGUGCUGCGGCUGCCGGUGAGCCUUGGCGCCGUGGAGGAGGCCGAGGCCAACGCCGGCCUGACGGGGGCGCCGCUGCGUCGCUGGCUGGACCGGCUGCUGGAGGGCCACUGGUCGGCCGCGGACGUCUGCUCGAUGGGGCCCAGCGCCUGUCCCGUCAUGCAGCGCUGUCGUCUCACGGUCUGGAGCGCCGCCGGCCCCGACCCCAAGUCUGAACUGAACCCGCCCAGAGAGGACGGACGGAUCAGGUAGCGGACGGACGGACCGCGGGAGGACGGGAACCAAUGAAGGAAGACACGGGGCGGAUGUCCCGCUGCUGUCUGAUAUUUAUUUAUUUUAAUUUGUGCGAAGAAGAGAAACAGACUCAAACACUGAGGACAAACCUUCAGACCUCCGUCUGCUGCCCCCGCUGUGAGCUGGGAACAAAGCUGUGUGUGUGUGUGUGUGUGUGUGUGUGUGUGUGUGUGUGUGCGUGUGUGUGCGUGCGUGCGUGUGCGUGUGUGUGUGAACUCUAUACCUCUUGUUUCCUGGUUACGUGUUCAGGCGCUGAAGACGGACGCGGUUGCUCUUUUCAUAUUUGGUGAUCAAAGACGAGUUCGGACUCAGUUUCUUGAGAUAAAUUAUGUUUUUUAAAUUAAAUUUAGGUUUGAAAUUAUCAUAUUUAUUUUAUUUCAGAUUGUUAUUCCAAGAUUACAGAUGAAUUGGAGGCUCUCGGUGAUCCGGUGACUGAAUGAAACUUUUCUUUUUUAGUUUCCUGGGAGACGUUUUUAAAGAAGAGUCGAGUUUUUAUUCUUAAAAUUCAGACGAGAAGUCAAAGCUUUGUCUUAUUUGCAGGGUUUUUUCAUCCAGAAGCGCCGCUUCUUUUACUUUUACUGAAGUAAAUGUGGUCACAACAGUAAAAAUAAAAAUACAAAAACUCAUUGAGUAGAACCCCCGCUUUAAUGUGUUUUUGAUAUUAAAGAUGUCGUGAGAGGUGCUGUGAAGUGAGUCACACUUCAGGAGAGUACUCAAGUAAAAGUACUCAGUAACUUUCCAGCUCUGCUGAUUGGACCUCGUUGAGCCCCCCCCAGACGACCCGGCUCUGCGUCCCGAUGUGUGUUUUCUCUCUGUGCCAUGUCUGAACCCUUCAGACCACCUGAGACUUGAAGCUCGCCUCGUCUGUUCUUCAUCGGUUUUUGUCCGAGCUCUGCUGUCGACGCUGAUGCGACUGCGUCAAAACGUGCAGCCGCUGCGCGAGUAAUUUAUUCUGAAGUUUAGAGAAACGUGUUUUUUAGUCAGUGACUAAUAUUUGAUUUGCUGAUAUUUGACAGAAACGUCCGCCUUUGUUUCUAAAGGCCUUCGAGUGUUUGUCGGACGGAUGCUGGUGUUGUUUCGGCGUUAAAGGACCUCCUCUCCUCUCUGCUCUCAUUUCAAACCACUUCAGACAAGUCUAAUAGAGUCCAGCUACACGGGUUCAACCGAGACGGAUGUUUGUGUUUUCUGCUCGUUUUGAUUGGACGUUUUUGGCGUCCAAUCAAACGGUGAAUUCUCGUUUUGGUCUCAGAACAACUUUUCUCACUUAAAGUAAUUAAAUAUCCAGAUUUGAAGCAGACUGAACGUGUGGAUGAAACACUGAUCUGACCUGUGAGCUGAGUUUGGGUGUAGCAGGUGAGGAGGGGACAGGUGAAGACCCCCUGAGACCACCUGGACCGGUUUCGGGUCGGUUCUCCUGGAUGGAGACGGAACAGGUUCAUGUCUGAAGUCAGUGAAGAACAUGAAGAACGAUCUCGCUGUUCUAACUGAUGCAGGUUCAGCUCUGCUGGCUCAUAAUAAUCUGUCCGUCCAUCUGAAAGCAGCAGUUUGAGAAACCUGUUUGUUAGCUUAGCUUAGCAUGAAGGCCGGAAACAGAGGCACAAAGCUGGCCUGGCUGUCCAGAGGUAACAGAACAGCUCUGAACAUCACUGACAUGUGACAGCUGGACUCCAGGAGGUCACUGUGCAGCACAAAACCACCUCCAGACCACAGCUGUCAUCUUCAAACGGCUUUUUGGCUUUUUGUAGAGAUGAACUGAACCAGCUGCAGCGUGUUUACAGACACGAGGGGUCCCGUCCUGCUGUCCAACGCUCAGAAAGAAAGCAAAGAAGUGUAAUUCUCAAAAAAAUAUUACUUUAAAGUAACUGCAGGCGAGCCCACCUCCACCCUGCUCCACCCGACUCAGCUGCUCGUGAUGCUGAUCAUGGAUCUGUGACAUGUCAAACAAAUUCUGACGGUUAAUUCUACUGUUCAUGUAAAAGCUAUAUUUAAUAACUGUUAGAUAAGUUAUUCCGGUGUGUGUGUGUGUGUGUGUGUGUGUGUGUGUGACCAAAGCUGUAGAGCAGUGAGCUGUUAGCACUUAACGGCACGUCGUCAUAUUUAUUGUAGAAAGGAUCGGGACUAUUAUGUAAUUUCUGAUUUGAAAUGAUGGACGUGCGCUGCAGGUGUUACCAGAUGUUACCAGAUGUUCAGCACAGUUUAUGGCGUCGGUGGGUUUGGCCUGAAAGCUGCCUGAACGAUGCUGCAGAGCUCGGAGCUGUCGUCUGCUUUGUGACUGAGGAGAGUUUGGCUCAUUUUAACGCUGAACGGUUAAUCUCUCCACUUUUUUUAUUUAAUUAACAUCUUUUCAGUCAGUCGGUCGUUUGGUUUGAAGUUUGCAUCGUUAAAUUUUACACCAGCACCGUGAUUUUAAAUCAACUUUCAGACGAAUGUCGGUCAGAAUGGCUCAUCAUAAAGUUUCAAAGUGAUCAUUCUUCUGAAUAUUUCAGCAUCACGUCAGCAUCAGUUUCCACUCCGUGUUGUUUUAUUGAGUCGAUGUGAAUCAGUAUUGAGUGAAGUGAGAUGAUUCAGUUUCUGGGUCGAGAGGUCGAGCUGCUGCUUUGAUGUGACUGUUUUUUUCGAUUUCGAUGGUGUGAAAAUGUUCAGAUGUUGGUAAAGUUUUCAGAUUGUGGAGGAAACUCCCAGCUGAGAGGUUUGUUCUUUUCAUGCUUUACUUUUGCCACCAACCUGUCUCUGUUCUGUUGGUUUUUUCCGGUGCCAUUUCCGUCUCACUGACGGUUUGUUCUCUGAUUUUCUUGCUGUUCUUUCUUCUCUCUCUGGGAGUAGUGCUGUGCCUUAGCUGUACUCCUGUUGUAGGAAACCCUCCCUGAAAGCAUCAAAAACUGUCUCAAAUGUCCAAAAACCAAAAAGGAAAGAGUUGUUGUG